GAAAUGAAGAAAGAAGAUGAUGCGCAGGGAUAACGAUUCUCUGGUGCAAAAUAACCUCCGAUGGGAUCAACCUUGGUCUGCUGGGAACAUGGAUCUUGGACUGCCGCUGAGGCCUAACGGCAGCGUUUGCGUGACUGAAAACCUGAGGGUGGUGGUGAAAGAAGAAAAUGUAAACGAGGAGGAAUAUGAUCAUGUGAUCGUUUCAUUUCAUGAUGAGGAAGAUAAGCCUGUUGCAGAGCUUCACUGUAAAACUGAAACGGACAUUCAAACAGACGUCGCAGAGUCAUACAGCGGCCCUACCUACAGUGAAACACUACAGACAGCCGCGGAGAUUGAAAUGAAGAAAGAAGAUGAUGCGCAGGAUAACGAUUCUCUGGUGCAAAGUGCAUUAGAACACCCACACAUAAUGCAACACCAGUUCCAUGGACAGAAUGAUCAACUCAACCUGCAACUGAAUGAAGGACCAUACUACUGCACCAUCUGCAGCAAGAGUUUCACAGCUCAGAGAGAUUACGAGAAACACCAGCAGACACACACUCUUAGAAUUAAGUCAAAGCAGGCGACAGCCAAAAAGUCUCAUCAAUGUACCCACUGUGGAAAAAGUUUUACUUGCAAGUCAAAUCUUAAACAGCACGUGCUAAUACACACUGGAGAGAAGUCUAAUAAAUGUGCCCAGUGUGAAAAAGCCUUUUCAGCAUCCUCAAAACUUAAAAGACACAUGCUUACACAUACUGGAGAGAAGCCUCAUAAAUGUAACCAGUGUGGAAAAGGUUUCUCCCUUCUUCUAACUCUUAAAACCCAUAUGCUAACACACACUGGAGAGAAGCCUCAUACGUGUGCCCAGUGUGGGAGAAGUUUUUCACAAGUUUCAAACCUUAAAUCCCAUAUGCAAACACAUACUCUACAGAAACCUCAUACAUGUGCCCAGUGUGGAAAAGCAUUUGCAAGACCCUCACAACUUAAACUUCACAUUCUAAUACACACUGGAGAGAACCCUCAUAAAUGUGCCCAGUGUGAAAAAGCAUUUUCAACAUCCUCAGAACUUAAAAGACACAUGCUUACACACACUAGAGAGAAGCCACAUAAAUGUGACCAGUGUGGAAAAGGUUUCUCACUAUUUUCAAAUCUUAAAAGACAUCUGGUAAUACACACUAGAGAGAAGCCUCAUAAAUGUGCAUAGUGUGGAAAAGCCUUUUCAACAUCCCCAGAACUUAAUUGCCACAUACUUACGCAUACUGGAGAGAAGCCUCAUAAAUGUGUUG